AUGAAUGAGAGAAAUGGAACGGAAACAAAUGGCCUAAACGUAGGACCAGGAGAUAACACUGAGCACACUCAUGUCUCAUCGACUGUACCUGAAGUCGAGGCCUACACCCAGGUUCAGCCCGAGAGGCUGCUUAAAAUUACAGAUUUUCUCCUCAAGCCCCUAGGCUCCUCGGAAGAGACUCAAAGUAUCUCUGUCAACGUUGUUCCUCCUGUACUCGUGAAGAUUGAACACGGAGACUCUCUUCGGGUUCAGUCCAUGCCUGUCGCCUUGAAGUCCAGGCCAACUACCCCGCCCGCGGUCGAACUGCCAUUCAACACUGUCCGAUGCGCAAUUUGUAUCUAUUCAGAGCUUGAUGUAUUUAUGGGACACGUUGAACUUGGAGAAGAGGAUGUGGUCGUAUUUCAGAAGGAGCAGCUAGAUCCAGACUACAAGUGCCGAUUUGAUCUGGGGGCAACAAUGGUGAACGGCUGCGCGCCGUGUAUGAUAUCAUUUACAAUGGCCGCAGGGAUUAAAGAGAGAAAUAAUCAAGAUCAGCCGAAAGUCCAAGUAAUGCCAGUGAUAAACAGCACCUAUUCAUAUUACUCUUUGAAGGUGACGACGCAGAAGUGUGGGGCCCCGACCUAUUGA